AAUGUGCACCAAAUGGGGCGGGGAAGAGUGCCCUGCCAAUCAAAGUGUUUCUUCAAUAUUUGUACGGGGUACGAUUCUGAUUGUAUUAGCAAUAUCCCUGUGUGUGCGAAUGUGUACAGACUGUAUGAGAGAGUGUGAGAGUCAGCAGUGGAUUUUUCCCAAGAAGAGAAAUGCGUAACAGGACUUAAUGCGUAACCUACACCUGUGUCUUAAGGAGGUCUCUUGUGCGCUGCGUCAAGCUAACCAAUGUCCCGCUUGCUCGCUUGUUCUCAUGGAGCGAAACUUUUUCCGGCCUGAAGUUGUUUUGCCUCUUGAAACUUGAUGCUACUCUGAAGACAUACGUGAGGAUUCACCUGAGAGCCACCUGGGUAGACAAGUAGGAGGGAAACCCUGAUUCUGCCCAACUGGACUGUCUCGUGAUCUUACCGAAGGAACCUUAAUCACACACAAGUGCUUACUAAGUGGCGUCUGAGAAUCCUGCCGUGCGACCUAGGCGAUGUUGUUGUGGUUGAUGAUGAUGAUUAUGAUGAUGAUGAUGAGAAGGAGGAGAAAGAGGAGGGGUGUUUGUUUUCUGUGUCUGCUGGCGCUAAGUGGGCUUCCCUCUAUCCGGGCAGGUUGCGACCAGGGGGCCUGUAACCCGCGCAUGGGCAACCUUGCUCUGGGUCGUCAGGUGAUGAGCCAGACGGUGUGCGGCUACAACACUACAGAGACCUUCUGCUGGUUCGGGGAGAACAUCGACAAACGCGCACAUACACUCAAACACUCAGCGAGUAACGUCGUCAGUGGAGGCAAAAAUAGAGCGGCGCAUUCGGAAUCAUUUUGCAGCACGCUGCAGUGUGGUAAAUGCAACGCCGCGCGACCACACCAGUCUCACCUGGCGUCCGACAUGAGCGACUCCUCGUUCCGACACCCCAACACCUGGUGGCAGUCGGCCGAAGGCGUCGCCACGGAAACCAUUCAGCUGAACCUGGAGACAGAGUUCUACCUGACCCACCUGAUUCUGGUAUUCCGCUCUCCACGGCCCGCUGCAUUGGUUCUGGAACGUUCCCAGGACUACGGGAAGACCUGGACCACCCUGCAAUUGUACGCGCAGAACUGUGAUGGAGCAUUUGGAGUGCCCGAGGGAGACACGUGCACGCAGAAGUACUCAGCCGGAUACCCUUGUACAAGAGGAGAGGUCAUCUAUCGUGCCCUCUCGCCCUGGCACACCCUAGACCCCUACAGUGCCUCGGCUCGCGCCCACCUGACCCUCACCAACCUGCGGGUACGUCUGCUCCAGCACCAGCCCUGCCCGUGCCAGCUGAAGGAGCCCAGAGCCACGGGGGGCACGGGGGGCACGGGGGGCACGGGGGGCACACACUAUGCCAUCUACGACUUCAUAGCCAAGGGAAGCUGCCUGUGCAACGGGCAUGCUGACCAGUGUGUGCCUGCACUGGGGUACCAGCCUGCUCGAGAAAGGACCAAUCAUGUGGUUCAGGGGAGGUGUGUGUGUCAGCACCACACUGCGGGUCCCCACUGUGAGCGCUGCGCUCCCCUCUAUAACGACCAGCCCUGGCAGCCUGCCAACGGACUAACAGGAGCCCCCAAUGAGUGCAAGAAGUGUAAGUGCAACAGCCACGCUGAGAGCUGUCGCUUUGAUGUGACGAUGUGGCUGAGUUCUGGCCUACGUUCGGGAGGAGUGUGUGAUUGCACACACAACACGGAGGGCCCAAACUGCCAACGCUGCAAAGCCGGCUUCUACAGGGACCGCCAAAGACCACAUACAGCUCCCGACUCCUGCAGACCGUGUGAGUGCGAUCCUAAGGGAACCGUGGCAACUGAUGACGGUGGCGGAGCAUUCUGUGACCAUGGCAACGGCGAGUGUGUGUGCAAGCCCGGUGUGGGCGGGCCUCAGUGUGACAGGUGCAGGGUGGGUUACUGGGGUUUCCAUGACUACGGUUGCAGGCCAUGCAACUGCGCAGGUGACUGUGACCCCUUCACUGGAGACUGUGUUUCUCUACCUGAUCUGGAGGUGCCGCAGGUGGGAAACUCCAGUGAGUCGCCGUUGUUUCGUGUGGAGGAGCUCUUUUCUGCCUUGCGUUCCUCAGAGAAGUGUGUCUGUAAGGAACCAGACCUAGGGAACAACAAAGUCUUCUGCACCAUGAAAUAUGACUAUGUUUUGAAAGUGAAGGUGGUGUCAGCCCAUGAUAAGGGCUCCCAUGCAGAGGUGCAGGUGAAGCUGAGGAAAGUCCUCUGGCGCAGCUCUGAGCUGAAGCCCAAGGGGGCCCUGUGGAAGAGCUCCGUGCUGAGGCUCGACCGGGGAACUCUCACUCUUUACCCGGAGUCCUGGACAGCUAGAGGCUGCACCUGCCCGGUCCUCUACCCUGGUGUGGAGUAUUUGGUCGCGGGCCACAUGGACAGAAAGAAGUGGCACUUCCUGGUCAACAUGAAGAGCUUCGUGAAGCGGUGGACUGCCAGUCUCGGACGCAAAGUCCUCCAGCUCCUCAAGUCCAACUGUGCCUAGACAAGGAGAAGAGAAGAGAGGAGAGGAGAGGAGAGGAGGAAUGGAGAUGACGAAGAAAGGAGAGAAAAGGACUCUCGUGGCCACAGGGAGGAAAAGAAAAAACCUCACAUGGAUAUAUAUGUAUAGAGAGAGAGAGGGAUGGCGAGAGAAAGAAAGAGAGGGACGGCAAGAGAGAGAGAGGGAGAGGGAGAGAGAGAGGGGGAAGGAGGGAGGGAGAGAGAGAGAGACUCCCGAAGACGGUUGUCGUAAAUGCACUUUAACCCAAAUGGGACAACACCGUCAGAUUCCUGCUGGAACACAGACCCUCACACACAGACACAUGCAAUCACCCACACACUCUCAUACUCACACACACACACAUUCACACAUUCCUCCGUAGUGUGCCACAUUGCAGUAUCACGCCAUCAGAAAUUAUAUUCCAGUUUUCUGGGCGAUUGUGCUUCUGUGUGUCUGUGUAUGCCUCUGUGUGUGUAUGUGUGUGUGUGUGUGUGUGUGUUUGCGCAUUGGUGAUGGAGUUGGAUUGUGUGGAAAGGCAAAACUUCAUGAUAUACGUGUUGCAACUUUUUUUCUUUGGCAACAAAUAACACACACACUCUCUCUCUCACACACACAUACACAUACAAAGGAGUUUCAUUUAUAAAAAAGUAAUUAUUAAAAAAGUCUGUUUUAAAUUAAAAAAGCCAUAAAGUCCAUGUUGCCUUAUUGAGGUAAGAUCGAAGAGAAUUUUGUACAUAAUGGUUGUUUUUAUGUGUGUGUGUCUUCCUGUUUGUGUGUGUGUGUGAGAGAGUGUGUGUGUGUCUGUGAGUGUGUGCACUUCUAAUGCUUCCUCUGUAUAGAAGAUGAAUCUACUCAUCAGUUGUUAUAUAUGCAUAGAAAAUAAAUUUUUCCAACAGCCCAA